AUGAAACAAUGUGAGUCACGAUUGAUAUUCUUGAAUUUACCUUCAUCACUCUCACCAGAAACGUUUCGUAAAACACUCUCAACACCUAAAUCAACGUCAUCAUGUACGAUAACAGAUUUGAAAUUGGUACAAAAGAGGAGGUUUGCUUUUGUAGGAUAUAAAGAUCAAGUCGAAGCUCAAUUAGUCAAAGAUUGGUUUGAUGGUACUUUUCAAUUCGGUGGUGGAAAAGUCAAAGUUGAUUUUGUGAGAGAUGAGCCUUUGGCUGUUGCGCCGUCAAAAUCAAAGUCGAAAUCGUCCUUGGUGUCAAAAAGCAAUGAUAUACCACUACCCGAUGUUCAACCUGCAGCCGGACCUUCAAAGAGAUUACAAGAGUUCAUGGAUGUAAUGAAAGGUGGAGAUAAAGCCACUCCUACCUCUACAUCCAAACCAGACGCUGUACCAGGAGAUGAAGGCUGGAUAGCCGAUGGAUUAAAUACCAAAAAGGAGAAAAGCAAGAAAGGGAAAGAGAAAUCAUCAGAACCUGAGCUCAACCCAGAUGCGAAUGUCGAUGGGGAGGAUGAUGAUGCUGCUUGGUUAAGAAGGAGACAAACUGCCUUACAGAAUGACGGGGAACCUUCCAACAUGAGUCCUGAUGAAUCCCUCAUUUUAUCAACAGGGAGGUUGUUCAUCCGAAAUUUAGCAUUCAUAGUCACUUCUUCGGAACUAUCAGAUCAUUUUUCGAAAUAUGGUAGAGUGGACGAAGUCCAUUUACCGAUAUCUUCAACAACGGGUGAACCAUUAGGAACUGCUUUCUUACAAUAUCAUAAUCCAGACGAAGCAUUGACGGCCUAUCAAGCACUGGACAAAACUACAUUCCAAGGUAGAUUAUUACAUGUCUUACCUGGAAGAUCUAAACCCGGUCAAACGACAAACGUCGCUGGAGUAGUGGAUGGAAAGGUAUUGGGAAAAGCUACUGAAGGCAAAGGAGAAGUGAAAAAGGGUGUAGAGGAAAGACGUAAAGAAGAAGGUAGAAAGGGUGUGAAUUGGGCCACACUUUAUAUGAAUAGCGACGCUGUUGCAGCUUCAGUGUCCAACCGAAUGGGAAUAAGCAAAUCUGAAUUACUGAAUAGCGAAUCCGGAAACGCAGCGGUCAAACUUGCACUUGCUGAAACUACUGUGAUUGAAGAAACGAAAAAGUAUUUCGAAGAAGCUGGAAUUGUGUUAGACUCGUUACAACCAAAAGUGCCAAGAUCUCAAACCAUCAUACUAGUGAAGAAUAUACCAUUUGGGACUACAAUACAAUCGUUGACUGAUUUGUUUGCUCCUCAUGGUAAACUCACUAGAGUCUUAUUGCCGCCUUCAGGAACAUUAGGAGUGAUAGAAUAUGAAACUCCGAUGGACGCGGGUAGAGCAUUCAAAGCGUUAGCUUAUCGUAGACUUGGUAAUUCGGUUUUGUACUUGGAAAAAGGACCGAUAGGAAUGUUCAAAGAAGAAUCAAAGGUACAACCUAUAUCAACAGCAGAAAAAGAAUUAGAAGAAUCAAAAGCCCUACUUGAAAAAGUAUCUGAUAUAAAAGAAGUUCCUUCAGCGGAUGAUGAAUCGGGAUCAACGUUAUUCUUGAAAAACUUGAAUUUCACAACUACGACCUCAAGAUUGAAUGGUGUCUUAUCUUCGUUACCCGGAUUCUCAUUCGCGAGAGUACAAACUAAACAAGAUCCAAAACGUGCAGGUGAGACACUAUCAAUGGGAUAUGGAUUUGUGGGAUUUAAAACUAGAGAUCAAGCUUCAAAAGCUUUAGCUGGAUUAGAAGGUUUAGAGAUUGAUGGCAAAGUAUUACAAGUCAAAUUCGCUCAAAGAGGUUUGGAAGAAGAUCAGAAAGAAAAUAGUAGAGAAAAGGGUAAAGACAGAGAUGCAAUGGAAGGUAAAACAAAAGGAACUAAAGUAUUGGUCAAGAAUUUACCAUUCGAAGUUUCAAAGAAGGAAGUAAGGGAGUUGUUCAGUGCGUACGGUCAACUUAAAUCUCUUCGAUUACCAAAGAAAUCAGUUCCAUCGUCGACGGGAGCAGCUUCCACGCGUGGAUUCGCUUUCUUGGAAUUCACGACUCAUACAGAAGCUUCAAGAGCUAUGGAAGCUUUGAAACACACCCAUCUGUUAGGCAGACAUUUAGUACUUGAAUGGGCUAAAGAGAGUGAUUCGGUUGAUAUAGAAGGUUUAAGAGAAAAAGUAGGAAGAGAUGUUAGAUUUUUGAACGAAGGUGAAAACGGACGAGGUGGUAAGAAGAGGAAAUUGGACUUCAAAGGGAAUGCAGCAGCAGCUGAAGAUCUCGAUGGACUGGAUGAGGAAAUGUAA